AUGAACUACGGAAAUUUUGAUAUUACUGCUGGUCGUAAUCGAGACGAAACGGUGUUUGGGAAAAAUUGGUACAAAAAAGGUUGGAUGCGAAAGCUUCUUCAAGAGGAGGAACCAGAGUCGGAGUCGCUCAUAUCAUCGCCUGUACGAUCGGUUCCCUCCUCCUCAAUCUUGAACCGUAGGAAUAUCAUUUUGAUGCCUGAACGCCGCCAUAGAGAAAUCUCGUUAGACGAAGUUGAUAUGGACGGCCCAGCACUUGUUCAUGUCGAUACCGGAGGAGGUGGCUAUGCAUCCUUCAAUUCAGCCGGCCACUCCCACGACCAAGACGAUGACAAUCCAACGGAUAAUGCUCCACCACUCUUUAGCAAGUAUGGAGAUUUCCACACAAUCGACUGGCAACGCGAUCUUGCUAGAGAUCGCUUACGACACAAACUUAUUGUUGGUAAAAGAGCGGAUUUCCCGCUUGGUAUAAUCCAAAGCGCAUGGGAUGCGGGAGCAGGUUGGAUAUGCGUUUUGAUGGUUGGCCUUGCAGCUGGAGCCACUGCCGGUGUUAUAGAUAUCGGAGCACGGUGGAUGAGUGAUCUGAAGGAUGGCGUUUGUGCAGAUCGGUUUUGGCUGGAUCGCGAGCACUGCUGCUGGUCUUCGAAUGAUACUGUGUUCAAGGAUUCUGACUGUAGCGCUUGGACCACCUGGCCGGAAAUGCUGGAUUAUUACAAUAGGACUCCUUUCUUCUACGUUUUGGAAUUCACAUUUUAUGUUGGUUGGGCUGUGUUGAUGUCCACAUUGGCCGUACUAUUUGUGAAGGUGUUCGCACCAUACGCUUGUGGAUCUGGUAUACCGGAAAUCAAAUGUAUCUUGUCUGGUUUCGUUAUCCGCGGAUAUCUUGGAAAGUGGACUUUCAUCAUCAAGUCCGUCGGUUUGAUCCUGUCAUCUGCAUCCGGCCUAUCACUGGGUAAGGAGGGUCCAAUGGUUCACCUUGGCUGUUGUAUCGGGAAUAUAUUCUCCUACUUGUUUCCAAAAUAUGGCAUGAAUGAAGCAAAGAAACGAGAAAUUUUAAGUGCAUCUGCAGCGGCAGGUGUGAGUGUGGCGUUCGGUGCCCCCAUUGGAGGUGUAUUGUUCAGUUUGGAAGAAGCUUCGUACUAUUUUCCGUUGAAAACGAUGUGGCGAUCGUUCUUCUGCGCUUUGAUCGCAGGAAUCAUUCUGCGCAUAGUAAAUCCUUUUGGAAGUGACCAGACGUCGCUGUUCCAUGUAGAUUACAUGAUGAAAUGGACGUUCGUUGAGCUCAUCCCAUUUGCUGGUCUAGGGUUGUUCGGUGGCAUUCUUGGAAGCAUGUUCAUCUUUGGGAACAUAAGGUGGUCUCGAUUCCGAAAAACUUCAAAAGCUUUGGGUGGCAAUCCUAUUUACGAAGUUAUUGUUGUGACCUUCCUUACGGCAUCCAUCUCCUACUUCAACCCUUACAUGAGGAAAAGUGCUUCGAGCAUGAUCAAGCAGCUUUUCGAUAGAUGUGGCCCGGAAGAUUAUAUGAGUAAUUUGUGCGACUAUCAGAACAAAACAUUUAGCAGUAACAAAGUCGAUGAUAAUUACCACACUGGAGUAUUUGGAGAUGGCGUUCAUAGCGCAUUUUGGCAGUUGAUCAUGGCUCUGAUCUUCAAGUUUAUCUUCACAAUAUUUACGUUUGGCAUAAAGGUUCCGUGCGGGUUGUUCGUACCAUCCAUUGCUAUGGGUGCAAUAGCUGGAAGGCUUGUAGGAAUGAGCAUGGAAAGCGUUUUUCGCUCAUUCCAGGAGCAAAGUAGUCAUUCUUCGUACUGGUCUUGCCAGAUCGGAAAAGACUGCGUUAUGCCUGGGCUCUAUGCCAUGGUUGGUGCAGCUGCGGUAUUGGGUGGAGUAACCAGAAUGACAGUGUCAUUGGUUGUAAUCAUGUUUGAACUUACGGGAAGCUUGGAGUUCAUUGUGCCUACUAUGGUUGCCACAAUGUUUGCAAAGUGGAUCGGCGAUGCGAUCUCGAAAGCUGGUAUCUACGAUGCCCACAUUGCGCUGAACGGCUAUCCGUUCCUGGAUAAUAAAGAAGAGUAUCCAUACUCAACAGUCGCAGUGCAGGUGAUGCGACCAUGUCCGACAGCCUCCCCAGGUAGUAUAGAUGAGCAUCAGAAAAACGAACUUGCUGUCAUUGUGCAGGAUGGGAUGUCACUUGGCGACAUUGAGCAGCUACUUCGUGAAACCACUUAUAAUGGAUAUCCUGUAGUGGUAUCAACUAAUAGCAUGUAUUUGGUGGGAUUUGUUACACGACGCGACCUCCAGCUAGCAUUACAUGCAGCCAGGAAAACGCAACCCUAUAUCGUUACGGACUCCAUUGUUUAUUUCACUAACCAAGUACCCGAUGUGGGUCCGCUGGGAGGUCCGGCUCCACUACGGUUACGAAAAAUAAUUGAUCUCGCACCGAUGACUGUCACAGAUCAAACACCGAUGGAAACAAUAAUUGAUAUGUUUAGAAAACUUGGAUUACGACAGGUGCUGGUGACCAAAAAUGGCAAAGUGUUGGGAAUCAUAACGAAGAAGGAUAUACUACAAUUUAUGCGGAAUGCACAGCCGAGCAUUUCGAGCACAAUGCUGAGCCGGUUGUCGCCACGAGUUUUCGUCCGAUGUAUGUCCACGAAGAAUUCCAACAUCACUGAUCUACGUAAUAUAACUACUGCACGUCUUCCCAAACCAUUACAACCUCCUACAACACAAAAUGAAACUGAACAUGCCUUAUUUGAGACGAAGUGUACGAAACUAAAGUCGAGCAUCCGAGUGGCUUCACAGUCGUUUUAUGGAGCUUACUGUACGAUUGGCGUAGCCAUAAAAAGUGGAAGUCGCUACGAACGCGGCUAUCCGGCUGGCAUUUCUCAUUUGGUGGAAAAACUGGCAUUUGGAUCAACGUUGCGUCAUUCUUGUAAAGAGGAGAUUUACGAGGUUCUUCAGAAAGCUGGUGGAUUGGUUGACUGCCAGAGCAAUAGGGAUAUUACGUUUUAUGCAGCAAGCUGUCACAUUUCUAGCUUAAAUACGGUUAUGGAAAUUCUUGCAAAUGCUGUAUGGCGAGCGAAAAAUACUCGAGAGGAAUUGGAAGAGGCCAAGAUGAUUGCACAGUUUGAAAACGAAGACCUAACCAGCAAAGUUGAGAAUGUUGAGAUGUUACUGAACGAUCGUAUCCACAUGGCUGCAUUCUGUGAAAAUACGCUUGGAAUAUCGAAAUUUACACCUGAGGACUCGCUGCCAGUAAUCUCUCAAGCACAUGUGAACUCGUACAUCAGCCAAUAUCACGUCCCAGAACGACUAGUCGUCGCAGGAGUUGGAGUUGAACAUGAUGAGCUCGUCGACGGUGUAGAGCGUCAUUUCGGUCUGGGAACCGCCAUCUGGGAAAGGGACUCGAAACAUUUGUUAUACCAUGCGCCUAAAGUUGAAUCAUCCAUCGCCAAGUACACUGGUGGAGAGGUCAGAAUUGAGAAGGACCUCUCCGCUAUGGCUGUCGGAACUCCUUAUCCGAACCUAGCCCACAUUGCUUUGGGUUUCGAAGGGGUUGGGAAUGGAGACCCUGAUUUUGUUCCCAUCUGCGUGCUUCAGAUGCUACUAGGAGGUGGAGGAUCGUUCUCCUCGGGUGGACCUGGCAAAGGAAUGUACACUCGCUUAUAUACUGAUGUCAUGAGCAGACAUCAUUGGAUCUAUGGCGCAACUGCUUUUAACCAUUCGUAUGCGGAUGCUGGAGUGUUCUGUAUCCAUUUCUUCAAACUUCUCAAAGGCGUGGAAGGAGCCUAA